AAUAAAAAAGUUAGAUACGUGAAAGAGAAGAGAAACUGGCAGACAGAGCAGAGGUGUUAUUUCUCUUUCUGUUAUAUGAAUAUGAGGUGUAGACUUUUUGGUGAAAUUGAGAAUUGAGAUCAAAACAGAAUCAUCGUCUUGAAACUUUUGAGGAGACAGCGUUGGAGUUUGUGUGUGUCUUAUUUGCUGGUUUAUUAAUUCAUUUGGCUUUUAAAUUAAUCAAUCAAUAAAAGUGAAUGGUUGGCGGUGGAAAUGGUGAGGAACGACCGCCGUGGUCGAUGGAGAGUGGUGGGACCCCUGUUGGGUUGAGUCCGGGUCCUAUGACUCUUCUUUCCAACUUGUUUGGUGACAACGAUGACUGCAAGUCGUUCUCUGACCUCCUUGCCGGCGCCAUGCUGGAUGUGGACCCCGGUGGCGGAAGAGGUGGUGGUGGCGGCUUGUCACCGGUAACCAUGUUCACUGUUCCACCUCAGGGGCUAGCACAAGCCUACUCAAGUGUUGAAAUUCAAUCUGAACAUCCAUUUUCUAUAUCAGUAGUGCCUACUACUACUACUACUACCUCAUUCACACAAGUUCCUGCAGAAUCUGUUGAUUACUUUCACUCAGAACAGAGAUUACAACAGUCUUCUUCUGUGAAUGUUGACAAGCCUAACGACGACGGCUACAACUGGAGGAAAUAUGGACAGAAACAGGUUAAAGGUUCUGAGUUUCCUAGAAGUUAUUACAAGUGCACAUAUCCAAGCUGUCCAGUGAGGAAAAAAGUCGAAUGCUCUCUCGAUGGUCAUGUAACUGCAAUUAUUUACAAAGGAGAGCACAAUCAUCAACGCCCUCAUCCAAGCAAGCUCACAAAUGAUAAUUCAAAUGUUCAACAAGUUUCUUUAAGUUCUCACCAAAUGUCGAAGAUAGAUUCAGAUGCAACAGCUGAACAUGUGUUGUUAGGAACAAGUGACACCGAGGAUGAAGGAGAUCGUGAAACUGAAACAGAUGAGAAAAAUUAUGAACCUGAUCUUAAGAGAAGAAACACAGAAGUUAGGCUGCUGGAUCCAGCCCUUUCACAAAGGACAGUCUCAGAGCCUAGAAUCAUUGUACAGACAACAAGUGACGUGGAUCUCUUAGAGGAUGGAUAUAGAUGGCGCAAAUAUGGGCAGAAAGUUGUCAAGGGCAAUCCUUAUCCAAGGAGCUAUUACAAAUGCACAACCCCAGGUUGCAAAGUUCGGAAGCAUGUUGAGAGGGCUUCAACGGAUCGUAAAGCUGUCAUGACAACAUAUGAAGGAAAGCAUAAUCACGACGUACCAGCAGCUAAGACUAAUAGCCAUACCCUUGCCAGCAAUAAUAGUGCCUCACAGCUAAAAUCACAAAAUGCCCUACCCGAGAUGAAUAAUAUCAACAGAAGGGGUCAGCAGCAGCCUUUAGCAGUAGCACGUCUAAGGCUGAAGGAAUAACAUACAACAUAGUUUUCCUAUUUAAAGACUAGAAGCAUAUGUCACAACUCGCAAAUCAUCUCUAAUGUUUAAUGCUUUAUUAGUUUUUAGUUAAAGUUAGGACAAAGCCCUAUAAGUUCAACUCCUUAUACAAAAAGUAGUGUUGGACAUAAAGUGAGUGUAUUGUAUCAUAUUUAUUAAGAAUGAGUUAGAUAAAUUAUAUAUAAAAGAGAUAACUCAUGUUUAAAGAUUUGAAUGAAGAUCUUUUGGGAGUCCAAAGUUAAGUGGUA